AUGACGAAGCACGGGGCUGCAAGACCAACUCAUGUGAAGUGGAUUGUAGACAUCACCAUUGGCUAUGAGCACGGCAAGCCGCUGGAUAUACAGACCCUAACGUCAGGAUGGAGGGCGCCAUAUCCCACUACACUGCACUACAGACAUUUCCCAAGUUCCGAGGUGCCCCGUGACGAGCCGGGCCUGACCGAGUGGCUGUACGAGCGGUUUGCGGAGAAGGAGGAACUUCUGUCCCACUUCUACUCCACAGGCCGCUUCCCUGCAGGCACCGCACGGCCAGGGGUCAGAACGACAGAUGAAGCUGUGGAGAUAACGUUUAGCCCGUGGUGGAUGUUGUCCAUCCACCUCUUCUACUUGUGUUCCACUGCUCUGCAGUGGUAUGCUGUUAGCACUAUUCUACAACGGAUCUUGUAAUAGGAUGUUUUGAAAUUUGACAGAAUGUUGUCAAAGAGCAAGUGAGAGUAAAUGUAUGACAGCGGUAAUUGAGUAUAAAUAUGUACAUUGUACC